UGCCGUUUGACCAUCAUUAUCGAACUCUGUCAAAGAAGACAGGCUUUUCACUGGAGCAGAUCGGAAUCCUCCACAAUCGUUUCAAACAGCUCAGUCUAAACGAGGAAACACUACGGACUUGGCACCUGCACACAGUGCCAAAGCUACCAGUACCUGGUUUAAGGACCAUGGUAUCCCUGUUCUUAAUUGUCCAGCAAACUCGCCUGACCUUAACCCCAUAGAAAAUCUAUGGGGUAUUGUGAAGAGGAAGAUGCGAUAUGCCAGACCCAACAAUGCAGAAGAGCUGAAGGCCACGAUCAGAGCAACCUGGGCUCUCAUAACACCUGAGCAGUGCCACAGACUGAUCGACUCCAUGCCACGCCGCAUUGCUGCAGUAAUUCAGGCAAAAGGAGCCCCAACUAAGAGAGAUGACUUUAAUAAAGUACAAGACCUGAAAGACAACCCAAUUCGUUCCCAGAUUGUAGAGGCCUUCUUCGAUAGAAGAAACUUCCAGAAGGAUGGGGUCGGAUCAAUGGAGGAAAUUGGUUUUGAGGAAUUCCUGACUGUCAUGUCGUACUUCAGAGCACCAGCCCUUCACACUACAGAAGAGCAGAGAGAAGAAAUAAGGAGGGCGAAACUACGCUUCCUGUUUAAUAUGCAUGACACAGACAAUGAUGGAACCAUAACACUGGAAGAGUACAGACAUGUAGUAGAAGAAUUACUUUCUCGUAGUGGAUCACUUGGAAAAGAGACAGCCAAGGGCAUUGCAGAUGCUGCAAUGCUGGAGGUUGCCAGCAUCUCAGUAGGUCACAUGGCACCUGAUGAGUUUUAUGAAGGAAUCACAUUUGAGGAUUUUUUGAAGAUCCUUAAAGAACUUGAAAUUGAGACAAGAAUGAACAUUCGCUUCUUAAACAUGGACACAACCGUGCUGUGCAAAUAAUGACAUGAUGCUGCAGGCCCAGUUGGUAACUGGACCUCUCUUUGCACUUAAUUAGAUGAGAGCAGUUGUUUGUGUAGAUUUUUAUUUAUUAUUAGAGAACUGAGAAUGUGCAUUUUAAAGACAAUCUGCAAUAACAAAAAUGAUCUUGACAUUAGAAACUCACUUGACUUUUGGUGUUUUGUUACAGUUAGUACAGUAAGUUAUAAAUCUAGACUUUAAUUUAUUUUACUUAAUUGUUUUUGGAACAAAUAAAUUAUAUUUAUUCUCUUAAAUUCUAUUUAUUCUAACUGCAUGUUUAAUGUUUAUAAAUGUGCAAAUUCUGCUUCUGUAUAUUUUCACAUAUGUGACCCUGGAUCACAAAACCAGUCUUAAGUAGCACGGGAACAUUUUUAGUAAAAGACAAAAAUACAUUGUGUGGGUCAAAAUUAUCGAUUUUUCUUUUAUGCCAAAAAUCAUUAGGAUAUUAAGUAAAGAUCAUGUUCCAUGAAGAUAUUUUGUAAAUUUCCUACCUUAAAUAUAUAAAAACUUUAUUUUUGUGAGUGGAUGGUCUGCCACAGUGCCCCUGAUUAACAACUUCAAAGGCAAUUUUCUCAAUAUUUUGAUUUUUUGCGCUCUCAGAUUCCAGAGUUUUAAACGGUUGUAUCUCAGCCAGAUAUUGUCCUAUUGUAACAACUCGUAUAUCUAUAGAAAGUUUAUUUAUUCAGAUUUCAGAUUAUGUAAAAAUCUCAAUUUCGAAAAAUUGACCCAUAAGACUGGUUUUGUUGUCCAGGGUCACAUAUUUAUUUUUCCGUAUGUUAAAAUUUUGUACUUUAUAUAAAGAUUGUACUUCAGAUGUCUUAGGGUGUGUUCAUAUAUGCCAUUUGUUCGAUUGAAACGAACACUAGUGCGAUUGCUCUGUUAGUGCGGUUUAUUUGUGUAAGUGUGAACGCUGCCACCCAAACCCUGGUGCGCACCAAGCGGACCGAGACCGCAGAAAAGAUGGGUCUCGGUCCACUUUCAAACGAACUCUGGCACGGUUCGAUUGAAAUAUGAACGCAACACGGACCAAAGGCAUCGAACCUAACCAAAAACAAGAAGUGUUAACAAUUGAACGACCCGGAAAUCAAGUGAUUUGGUAAUAUAAAAGGAGUGAUUAUUACAUAUGUGCGUGCGCAUGUAACGGAGGAAUCUCUGGCACCGCUUUGACUGCUUAAAAAACUUAAUGAGGUCUUCGCGAGUUACCGGCUUGCUAAAAAUACCCUCGUAUGCACUGAACAUGUGUAACCCAUGCAGCACUGUGCACACAGCAUUGUUUUGGAUGCCCGGUAAGUUCUGUUUUAAAAUAUAAAUCAUAAAAGCUGUCCAAUUAUGUUGCGACUUUACACGUAAGCUUUUAGGUUUGAUAUCUUUAGGUUCGCUGUUAAAAUUACAGUCUGAACGCUUAGCGAACCAGAGACUCCAGACCUAAAGAACCAAAAGAACCGAACUAGAAAUAUGAACGCACCCUUAAUUUAAAAAUCGCAGUUACUCCCAUAAACCAGCAGGUGCCACUAAUGUCAUUAUUUUGGUUGGGUAUAGCACUACUCGGGUAUGAACAGGUACUUACAUAACCAAGAAGCAUGUUACAAUAGCAUGUAAGCUUAAAAAACAUUGCAUUUCAAACCAUACAAAAUAUGACAAUAUAUAAUACAUAUAUAUUGUGUAAUGCAUAAUAUAGCAUAGGAUUGGGUAAGACAAUAACAGCAAUAUCCGUAAUUAGUGUAUAGCCUACCAAAGACCUUUAAACAAUAACAACAACAAAAAUAACAAAAGCAAUAAUUAAUUUAUGAGUUAUGCUUUGUACUGAGAGAUUGUAGAGCACAGUCAAAUUCAUGUUAAAGUGUAGGAAUAUGGUUUGCAUAGUGCAGUGGUUCUCAGACUUUUCAGAUAAAGUACCAAUAAAAUUACCGCCAUAGAAUUUGACCGCCAUAGAAAAUCACAUGAAUAAACACUCAAAUUAAUAGCUGUGAAUCUUUAUCUUUACACCUGGUCCUCCAAUUCUAAUGUAUUAUUAAUAAUAAAAAACACUUUUUUAUUUAUUGGCUGUUUUCAAACUAAAGAACAUGUUUUUUUUCCCAUGUUUUUCAAGUUAGUCAGAAGUAUUUAUAGACACAAAACACAUUUCUGGGCACUGUAAACUAGGGUUGCACGGUGUACCGGUGCUACGGUAGCAUCGCGAUGCUAAAGCUUCAAAAUACCGGCGAUGCCUCUCUAUUUUUGAAACGGUAGUAUCGUAGUUAAUGUUGCAUAUGCGCAUUAUAUUUAUUUGAACACUUACAUCUGCCUCGGUGUUUAUCUCCAAAAUGAAUGUGUGUUUUGAAUGUCUCGGACGAGUUAAUGAUUCAAAUUGGCGAUUUGAACGAGUUGGUUAAAUGAUUCACUAACUCAGUGGAAAAUUGACGCCACCUACUGGCCGUUUUAGUUCUGCGUUUAAAGUAAGCCUAAUAUUUCCCUUUAUAAAGACUGCUGUAUCAAUUAAAUUUGUCCAACAUUUGAAUUAGUUCCUACGUGAAAAAUGAUCUAGUGUACUUUAGUAUUUUCUACAGUAAACUACUAAAACUCAUAGAUACUAGUGUUUUUGAGUCUUAUCAGAGUAAAUAUUUAAGUAUACUACAGUAUUUAUAGUAUUUACAAAUGACUAAAUGUAAAUGUAUUUGCUAUAAUUUAUCCAAUUACUACAGUUAAUACAACAACAUAUUCUAGUGCAAAGUAUAAUACAGUUUACUAUAGUAAAUACAAAUGUUUCAUGUAAAUCUGUGUUUUUUGUAUAGAUUUGAAUUAUAUGGCACAGCAUCGUGAUACUACUUGGUAUCGAGAUACUUCAGCUGGUAUAGUAUCGUAAGACAUGUUUAUGGUACCGUGACAACCCUACUGUAAACAGGGCUCUAUAUUUACUUAUAUGGGGGAUUUAUUAACUUUGUGGGAACUGGCAGAAAGACUAAACCUAUAUUAAAGGCAAACAAUGUGGAAAGAAUAUUUAACAGAAGAUAAAUUAGAUGUAGAGACUCACACGUUACUGCAGCGGCUCUUGUCAAAGCUUUCAUUGAUUUAACCGCGAGUAGAUGCAGACGCAUAUUGAAUUAGAGCUUUACAGCCAUGACAAGUUUUACACAACGGUUCAAUUGCAGAAAUACAUAAGAAGCUUAAUUUACACGUAGGCCUAGCCUAGCUCAUCGGAAGAGAGUGAAAGACGCACAAGCGCAUGUCUGCUCCCGCUCUGUGUUUGAGCUGCCUGUCACGCGCCUGAGUUACGUCAUCGACCAAUGAUUGCAAAAUUGCACAUGAGAUGUAUUCCGUAUUUAUCCAUCAUGUAUUAAACAUUUGAAAUUGUAUUUAAAACACGUAAUGUAAAUUAAGAUAUGUUCUUUUUAAUUUCCUGUCGUGUAGUGAAUUGAGAGCACUUUUUAUUGCAAAAAUGAACCUAGCAUUUCCUCUGUCACAAAAUUAUGAAAUUGAUGUCUCUUCUGGUAAUGGCGGUAAAUGUUUUACAUGCAAACUGCAUCUACCACAAUAAAUCAUGCAUCUUGCAAUACUGAAA